UGUUUGAACGUUUACAGACUAAACUUCACCUGAAAUCCUCCCAGCAGAGAGCAAAGGUGGUGCCUCCCUCCCUACAAAACCCCCGUCUGUCUGCAGAUUAACCUUUCUCUGGACGGACGGACGGCAGGUGAAGGACGGAGGGCACCAUGGCAACCGCUGCAGAUCAGAACGUGGAGUUUGUUAGAACCGGCUACGGGAAGAACUCGGUGAAGGUUCUGUUCAUCCGGAGGCAGAGGAACCACCACGAGAUCAUCGAGCUGAAGGCCGACGUGGAGCUGACGCUGAAGACGAGGAAGGAUUAUCUGAGCGGAGACAACUCAGACAUCAUCCCCACCGACACCAUGAAGAACACGGUGCACGGCCUGGCCAAGAUCAGAGGGGUGAAGACCAUCGAGCAGUUUUCUCUGGACAUCUGUCAUCAUUUCCUCACCUCCUUCAGUCAUGUGCUGAGAGCUAAAGUCCACAUGGAGGAGGCUCCAUGGAGGAGGCUGGAGAAGAAUGGAGUGGAGCAUGCUCACGCCUUUAUCUUCAGCCCAGAGGCUUGUCGGUUCUGUGAUGUCGAACAGAAUCUCCACGGCAUCCCGGUGGUCCACAGUGGGGUUCGGGACAUGAAGGUGCUGAAAACCACCCAGUCCGGGUUCGAGGGUUUCCUCCGAGACCGCUUCACCACACUGCAGGAAACCAAGGACAGGUGUUUCUGCACCUCCGUCUACGCUAGGUGGCGCUACAACAACAUUCAGAACGUUGACUUCGACGCUGCAUGGAAGUGUGUGAAGGAGACGAUCAUUGAGAAGUUCGCCGGGCCGUACGACCGUGGAGAAUUCUCACCGUCUGUCCAGAAGACCCUUUAUGAAACCCAGGUUCUGGUUCUGGGUCGCCUUCCUGAGGUGGACGAAGUGGAGAUCGUCAUGCCCAACCAGCAUUACUUCACCAUAGACAUGACAAAAAUGGGGCUCAAAAACCAAGACGAAGUCCUUCUUCCUCUGGACAACCCCUCAGGGAACAUCACUGGGACACUCGGCAGGAAACAGCGAGCCCGACUGUGAAGACGCCAAAACAUCCAGAAAAUACUGCAGCUGCUGUGAUUUAAAAAUCAUCCUGAAAUCUGACAUUGUGUAGAGCAGGAAACUAGAUUUACCGAGCACAAAUAAUGCUGUUUACUGUGAGAUCCAUCAAUAAAUUCACAAACCAAAGUCUUUCUUUGGUGAGAAAAGA